UUUUAAUUCUGUUUUCUUCCUUAGCGUUCUUUUACCCGGUCUCCUAUUUUUUUUUCUCGUUUUUUCUUUCAUUGCGGGUCAAUUCAUAUUCCUAUAGUUACUGUUACUAUAGCGUUGAUAUCUCAAUCGGAUUUCUUGUCACACACAUUUGAUGUCAAAGCACGCCGUUGUGUAUCCUACCGACGCCAUGGGCACUAGCAUGAUAUUCAAAAAGUCAUAUCCUCAAAUCUUGUCUUUAUACCACAGCAAACGAGCGCCACCUGAGGAAGAUGGCGGCGGCGGCGACGACGACAGUAAAGACACCUCGGACACGGAAGCCAAGGACACGGGGGACAAGGAUACGAGCGACAAGGACACGAGCGACAAGGACACGAGCGACAAGGACUCGGGCGACAAGGCCUCGAGCGACAAGGACUCGGGCGACAAGGCCUCGAGCGACAAGGCCUCGAGCGACAAGGACACCGACAAGGACGCUUCAGGCGGACGUGGCGCGGGCGACGAUGGUGAUGGCUCGUCCGAUUCUGCAAAGCCGACCAAGUCAAAAGAAAGCUCAGAUAAUUCAGAGGCCGAUCCCACGUCGUCGUCGUCAGACAAAGAUCAUUCCAGUAAGGCCAAACCCACGUCUUCAUCGGACAAUGAAUCGGCCUCGAGUGAAUCUGAGGAACCAUCGUCUUCCGAUGAGAAACCGUCGUCGACCACCGAGAAGCCCACGCCCACCCCGACGGAAAAACCGGCCUCGACAGACAAGUCUUCUGUUGCUUCAUCCACCGAAGAAGAUUCGACGGAAAGACCUUCGUCCACCAAAACGCCAUCUCCGACAAAAACGACCGAACCCUCGACCACGGAAAGGCCCACAUCAGCAAGUACAGACGAACCAACGGAUUCAUCAACUCCCACGCCGACACCGACCCCUUCACGGUCGCCUACACCCUCCUCUGAUCCCUCGGUCUCGUCCACUGCAACUGAAUCAAGUACGGUUUCCGGCACGGCAAGCUCGACGACCGCGUCGCCAACAGAAACUUCGUCCACCACCGAGACCAGCAGUACUUCGAGUGACCGCAUUCCAUCCUCUAGCAGCGCUUCCGACCCUUUACCUUCGUCUUCGACACCGGCGUCUUCCACGACCGACAAUGCGUCGAUUUUACCAUCGAUUUCCUCAGAUACACCUUCAUCCAUUCCUUCUUCCGUAAGUUCAUCCGCAAGUCCUUCGGCGAGUUCGUCCGUGGAUCCGUCGAGUGUGGCAUCAUCGUCGUCGUCUUCCUCCUCUCCGGACAGUUCCUUGUCGAGUGCUACACCAUCGUCCAGCUCUGCAGAAGCGAGUAGUUCCCAGUCGAUGACAAGCAGCAGUAGCAUGUCCAGUGUGGUUGCUUCUUCCGAUGUCUCACCUUCUUCUUCAAUGACCAGCGCUACCGCAGCGUCCAUGUCGCAUACAGUGAUGAUAACAACUUCAACAAAUAUUCCUACAUUGACCGAAGUGGUGAUCAACGGGAAAACGGUGACGGUGACUACGGUGAUUCCCACAACUACGGUGAUUCCAUCCUUGGCGGGCGAUUCAUCAUUAAUUGAUCCACAGCAUAGGGGAACCCCGGGAGGCACGAUUGCCGGCGCGGUAGUAGGUUCAAUUGCUGGAGUGGCUUUAAUCCUUGGCGGAGCGUUCCUUUUACGGAAACGGUACAAGCGCGGAAUUGCACUGCGUGACCAACAAACGCAAAUCACCAAUGAUGACUUUUACGCUGACCCGUACCCACCUGCCGCGGACUGGUCUAACCGAUUCCAAUCGGCCGCCGCGUAUCCACAAGAUCAGUAUGACUAUAAUGGUCACAUGAAUGACGAUAUCGACGAAUACGGUCAUCGACGUCGUCCGUCCAUUUGGGAACGUAUUCGUGGCAAUUAGAAGAAAAAAAACUGCAUUUCUACUAUAAUAUGUAUAUUUCUUUAUAUAUCUAGAAAAUUUUGUAUCUGUAGAUCAAUCCAAAAUAGCAUUUGUUAUCCGUUUUAGCUUCCACCGUACUAUCAACCGUAUAGUUGAGUAUGGUGUAAAAAAAGAGUGCCUUGAUUUUGUUCAUCGAAAAAAAAGUAUGAUCACCAUGAUAUUGAUAUAAAAACUGACCUCGGGUAAAAGCGUCACCAAAGAAAAGGAUUCCCUUUGCAAAAGAGUGAAGCAUCUACUUUCGGAAAAAAAAAAGAACGAACAUUUUUUAUCA